AUGUACCCCUGGCAUGCAAAACUCGCAUCUUGGGCCGAGGGGACGGGACUUCACAUCGAUGCCCUCGGCCUUGUUACCCUCCUCGGGGCGGAGGAAAUGGAUCGAAGCAUAGGGAGACUUGUCCCAAGCCUUUACUUCGACUUUCUACCUUUGCUAGGAGCGUUUGUCGUGGCAGGGAACCGAUUCACCCAGAAGAAAUCCGGCUUUACUUUGUACAAUGUCUCGGAGGGGAUUAUGACCACCGAACUUGCUGGGUGGUUCUCCAGGUGGCUUCAAGGACAAGAGCUUCAUCGAGUUCGCAGCAUCAUUCAUUGGGAAGUAGGUGACCGACCUCCCAGAUGGAGAUCGUUCCUCAUCGGAUUACUUCUGAUAAGUGUUCCCACCCAUGGAACACUCAUUGCCCUCACCGUGUUGGCGGCCGACUGGUGGGGGUUUGCAAACGUCAUGGCCAUGAUUGUUUCAGUGGUUGUGAGAUAUAUUCAGGUCGCGCAAAACCAAGCUGGUAUUGAUAGAAAUAUCAAAGACGCUCAGCAAGAGGCCCAAAGCUACAAUUAUCGACAAAAAUUCGAGAUCUACGAGGCAGCAAUUGCACACCAUGAAGAAUUGCAUCAAAAGGGGACAAUCAGCGAAGAAACAAAACUACCUGUGGAGCCCAGGGAUCCAAAUGAAAUUGCCAAAGUGAUCGUUAUCACGGAGGACUCCAAAGCUGUGACUAUCGCUGCGCCAAGGUAUCUGGUCAAGCAGGCCUUUACAGCCAGCCCACAAAUUCCGAAUCGUGUUCUCUACACAAUGUGCCAAUGGACUGGUUGGGUCGCAUUCGCUGUGCAUGUUAUCAGCAUUGGUAUGGCCGGCCUCUAUACUCAAAUCUGCUCGGUCGUCAUCAUCCUUGUUGCUACCGUUCUAACAGCCCAUAAGGUUGGCUGCGAAGAUUCGACAUUAUUGCCACUCCUCCGCAGCAAAAUCGGACAAAGCACGGAUGAAGAUAUGGGGUAUAGCUGCUGGGUUAGCUCAAGAUUGAAAGCUACCCUCUCGUCCUACCCAGCCUCCUACACUGAUUGGAGUGACACGCAACAAGGCCGUAAACUCCCCAGUGUACAGGAAAUCAACGAGUUCAGAGGAGUCUCGAGAAGGAGCCGAAGAAAGCCGACCGAUAUAGAAUCACCUAGCUCGAAGCCAGACAUCUCAGUCAAGGUUCCCGAGCGCCGUCAAGAUCUUUAUGCGUGGCUGGACUUGACGACAGAGGAAGAUAGUCAUCUCAACUUUUGGGGACUCAUACCCCACAACAAGGAGUGGAAGAAUAUGUAUCUAGAAAAGAAAGCCAAACACCGCAGGCGGAUGAGUGAAUCUUGUUAA